AUGAGUGAGGAAAAGAAGCUCAGUAAGAAGGAGAGAAAGGCCUUGGAAUUCAAGAAAAACAAGUCCAAGGAAGAAAGAGAAGAAGAAAAGGUUGAACGUGAAAGGGCCAAGGUUGAGAAAAAGAGAAAGCGAGAAGAAGAGGAAGCAGAUAAGAAAGCCAGUGAAGAAGCGCAACCUAAAAAGAAAAGAAAGACAAGAAGAGGUAAAAAAGGAAAAGGUAUAAAUGGAGGAACGGGACCUCGUUUUAUAUUAUUUGUUGGGAACUUAUCUUAUAGUACAACGGAAGAAAUGUUGAGAGCACAUUUUAAAAAGUGUCCUCCUAAUAGAAUUAGGGUUAGACCUGACAAGGGGAUUGCUUUUUUAGAAUUUGAUAAUGACACAGAUGCGAUUAGAAAGAAGAUGGACUUGGCUUUAGCUUUACAUCAUUCUAUGAUGGAUAAUAGAAAGAUCAAUGUGGAAUUGACCGUUGGUGGAGGAGGAAACUCAGAGAAGAGGUUACAGAAAUUGAAAGAUAAGAAUGAUAAACUAGGAGAAGAACGUAAAGAAAGAGUAGAAAAGACCAAAAAGGAAGAAAGUGCUAAACGAGCAGCAAAGGCAGCGGCAGAAUCAAAGAAUUCUGGUUCAAAUUCAAACUCAAGUUCAGCAAAUGUUCACCCAUCACGACUUGGAAUGAUUCAAGAUUAA